GACAAAUGAAAGUAAGAAUACACAAGAUACUAAGUGAAAUAUGUCUCGACCACAGUGGCAACGUUUGGCUCGCUCGCGAUGGGCUGUUCCGUCUUUGAGGACACCUCUGGGUGCAUCAAAUCGCCUGCCCACGGCACGUGCCACGUUUUCGACGUCUGUACGACGCGAACUCAUGGAAAUGUCAGGCUUUACGGAAGAGCAACUCACUGUUCGAGAGGCCAUCUCACAUAUCUGUUCCAAGUUCCCCAACACCUACUGGCAAGAGCGUGACCAGCAGGAGAGAGAUCCUAAAGAGUUUCACGCUUCUUUGGCCAAAGACGGAUGGCUGGGCAUUGCACUUCCCGAGUCUCUUGGAGGCGCUGGCCUAGGAAUCUCUGAGGCGACAAUAAUGAUGCAAACCAUCACACAAUCCGGUGCAGGAAUGGCUGGAGCACAGGCGAUCCACGCCAAUGUAUAUGCCACGCAGCCUCUGGCUAAAUUCGGCACAAAAGAACAGCUCGAAACAACGAUUCCCAACAUCAUCAAUGGCACCUGGCGAACAUGUUUUGGCGUCACGGAGCCUAAUACGGGACUCGAAACUCUCAAACUCAAGACUCUUGCAACAAAAGCCGAUGCCGAUGAUAGCUACCUAGUCUCUGGCCAAAAGAUCUGGAUUACAUGUGCGCAGGUUGCUUCGAAGAUGAUUUUGUUAGCACGCACGACUCCGCUAGAGGAAGUCCAGAAGUCGAGUGAGGGAUUGUCUCUUUUCUGUAUCGACCUUGACCGCAAUCAACCGGGUUUAGAUAUGCGCAAGAUCAAGAAAAUGGGCGGCCGUGCGGUGGAUGCCAACGAGGUGUUCUUUGAUAACUACAAGAUUCCUGUCAAUACAUUGAUCGGUCAGGAGGGCCAAGGAUUCAAGAUCAUCCUGCAUGGUAUGAAUGCCGAGCGCUGUCUACUAGCAGGUGAGGCUCUAGGUCUCGGCUAUGCAGCCCUCGAAAAGGCAGCUCAAUAUGCCAAAGACCGCGUUGUUUUCGGCCGACCAAUUGGCCAGAACCAGGGAGUUUCGCACCCCUUGGCAGACGCAUACAUGAAGCUUGAGGCAGCGAAGCACGCGACAUACCAUGCGACUCGGCUCUAUGAUGCUGACUCGGUGCCAUCCCACGCAAUUGGCGUGGCUUGCAAUAGUGCGAAGUAUCUGGCGGCCGAGGCCGCGUUCACUGCUUGCGAGCGAGCUGUGCUCGCCCAUGGUGGCAUGGGCUAUGCCAUGGAAUACGAUGUGGAACGGUAUCUGCGUGAAUGCCUCGUUCCUCGGAUUGCUCCAGUGAGCCGUGAAAUGAUCUUGAACUAUGUCAGUGAGAAGGUUCUUGACCUGCCUCGAAGCUAUUAGAGUGGUGGAGUUCACGACGAGGUGAUCUGGGCAGGAGAGGAGAAGCCUGUACAAUAGACAAUACGAUGAAUAUCGUGCAAGAUAUAGACAAUGACCGAGCGACUGAUCUCAGUUUGAAC